AUGGCGACGGCGGUGCUCAGAUCCCACGACGCGCUCGCCAACAGGAUGCAUCUCGACGCCUUCGCCGCGUCCCCCCAGGCCGCCAAGCAGCGCCGCCGGCGCCACCCCAAGCCGGCCUCGCCGCCGCCUAAGGUGGCCAUGGUUGCCGGUUCUUCGCCGCCAAAGCCGGUUCUUUUGGCGUCGCCGGCGACGAAGCAGGCGCCCGCGGCCGGCCGUCGGUCCCCGCCGGUGAAGCCUGCCCGCAAGCAGCCUUCCCCGACCAAGGAGAAGCCCCGGCAGCAGCCGAUCGUGAUGGAGGCCGUCCGGAUCCUCAAGCGCGGCGAGGAGCCGCCUGCCCCCGCCCCCGCGCCAGUCCAGGCCAGGGCGCAAGCCCAGCCCGCGGACAGGCGGGUGCGGUCUCCCUCCCCUGCCUCACCGCCCGUCGUCAAGGCCCGGCCCCAAGCCCCGCCAGCGGAUAGGCGCGUGCGGUCUCCUCCCCCAGCCACAGCACCCAUCCCGGCACGGGCGCAAGCCCCGCCGGCCGACAAGAGGGCGCUCCGGACCACCAGCCGGAUCGGCCCGCAGCAACCUGCCGUGGCCCCGACCAAGAAGAUGGUGCCAGUCGCCAUCGCAACCAGCUACGCCGGCCCGGCGUUCUCUGCCGCGGCCCCAGAGCCGAGCUCCCUGCCCCUGCCGGGAUUCUUCUUCCGGCGCGCAGAGGAAGAGGCCACCCGCGGCCUCCGGUGCCUGCUCCGCAUCGGCGAGCUCUCAUGA